UAGUGGCAUGUGCUCUUGUGAUUAAAGCUCAGAACAAGAAGGAAACGACAACUGCUACAACAACAAUGAACAUCGAAGCUCGGUUUCUUGAUUACCGGAAAAAUAAAACUGCUAAGGACGCCGAUAUUAUUAUUAAAAUGUCGACGGAUUUCAUCAAAGACAUGGAGCAGAAAAUGUACAUGAUAAGACGCACAGAGCGCCACUACCAGAGUUCAUCCGACUACGUAACUGGCUCAUUGUAUGACGACAUACUGCGGCGCUUCAAGCACAUGUGCGAUAUGUACAAGCAAUAUGCGAGCGUGAAUCGAUACGUGCUUGGAAAGGACCUUAAUGAUUCGGCACCGAAUUGGGACGUCGUCGUUGUUUAUCAGGUUAUGUUGAGCGACUACAACGAGAUCCUGAUGCUAAUGGAGCUUCUCAAACUCGAGCAGAGGGCGUGGUCGGAGAGCAUGGAGAACGACGAAGCCAGGAAACUCAUUGAGAAGCAGCUGAACAAGUUUGGCACCAUACCCAAAGGGGCGAAAGCCGAACCGCUCGUGGAGGAUGCGAUUGGAGGCAACACCAGGAAGCCAGACAACCGAAGGAAAUGGGCCAGCGGAGACGGUGUGGACUAUCCCCAGAAAUGGUCCGGAGAACUAGACGGUGUUGGAUUCGAUGAUCGCUAAAAUUUAUGACUUGUACCAUAGAUUAAAUAUAAGAAGAUCGUACCAUCCCAUACAUUAAAAUGCGACCGCCUAA